AUGCACGUUUCCAACCCGGAGGAGCUGUAUUGCAGUGCGCACUUGCGGGUCUUGAAGCAGAACCGACAGAAAGUGAAACAGGGAAAGGUGAAUCGCCGUGGACCAGGACAGUGGGAGGAUCGGUACAGAACUGUGGUUUUGAUGUGUGUAGUACUUGUGGACGACGAGAUUUUUUGCGCAUAGUAUCGUCAAGAAAAUCUUCAUGUUUAUUUGUGUAGAAUCUUGUGUAGUUCAUAAGCAACGAAUGAUAUACUUGAUAAAAUCCAACAUGCUCGAGUUCGAGACGCAUAGAAUCGGUAUCGGAGAACCACUAUACGUUUAUUUUUGGUGUGAUAUGCUUCUUUCACUUUUCAAUGUUUCUCAGCCAAGCGCAGGCUUUGGCCGCACCGGUUGCGGCGCAGCACGACCAGGGCAACUCCGCGGAGACGAGUGAAGAGCAGAAGGAAAAUAACCGUGUGCAGAUGUUGAACGACAGUAAAACGAGUCAAAAUAAACGAGACCGCCAUCCAAAUCUACUUAACGGCGCACCAGCUCAGCCAAAUGCAAAGUUAACCUACGUGCCCAGCGGGAUCGACUUGUCCAGAACCUACACACUAGCCGAGUACGAGGAAAGCUAUGAACUGCAAAAGUAUCGUCCUCCUACUCGUAUAAAUGCAUUACAAAUUCACUCAGCAUGAGAGAUAAAGUUUCUAAUGCGGAUUUACCUUCAGAAAAAGAUUUGUAAUGCAAGACUUGCAUUUCCAUUCAUACGAAACGGGUACGAAACUUUUGCACAGGAUAAAAGUGUAAGCAAAGCAAAGGCGGAGUUGAAGCAGCAAAUUGAGAGGCAACUGUUGGAGGGGGUCAAAAGUAGUUCGAAAAAGGUCGAGGAAAAGAAAAAGGAGAACAAGGAGGUGGACCGGGUACAUUUGGAACAAGCAGGUAAUAUUCCAACUGGUGGAAGCUCCUGCGCUGCCAAAAAAGUGGAAAAUUCUAACGAAAAGAAGGAACCCGAGCCAGUUCUUGUCCAGGACGUCGUCAAGUCGGAUUCAUUUGACCAAAACGAGAUUGCAGCUUGCCAGCCCACCCAGUUUCAGCCCCGCGUGGAAAAAAUGGUGGAGAAAAAGGAGACUUUGUUACCGUUGGAGGGGGACGAAGAUGAACCAGUUCGGAUUUUUCAGGAAAAAACACCAGCAGAGAACAUCCUUUCCGACGGACGCGGUGGGGUUGUGGAUUUUAAGGAGAAUAACGCGUGCGUUGCCACCCAUGCUGCAGCACCGGUACACGAUCAGGCGGAUGAACAUCACGAUUUCGAUUUAGCGGAAAAGAAAAGCAAAACUGAAUCUUCGUUACCCCGGAGUAUUAAGGCGGAAGAUGAAACUUCCUUGUCAGUGGAACCACGACAUGAGUUGCCAACAACUACUACUUCGUCCAACCAAGAUGGAGUGAAGACCGACAAGAAAACCACCAAAAACGUCGACAAGGUGGACAAACCUACAACUUGUAACUACAGCUUACUCAACCCGCCAGCAGGAGAUGAGAGCCUUGUACCCUUGACCGCUCCUCCCG